GAUCAGAGCUUCUAAAUGAAAACAUUUGCGAUUUCCAGGUGGUGAUUGGACCUGACGUGUCUCUGCCAGAAGGAACUGUUGUUUCCAUGCACCAUCCGGACGAGGAAGAAGAGGAGGAUGCUGAUGAGUUCCUCAGUGAUGAUGCUGAGGUUGGGCAGAGUAAAGACAAAACCAAACAGAAAGUUUUUAACCCGGCAGAGGUUGGAACCCAAGGGAAAGGUUACAUCUGGAAGGCCAGCAGUCUGGAUGAGACGGAAGAAGAGGAGCUGUCUCAGUGUCUGUGGGGUUUGGUGUUGAACCCGGAUCCUGAGAGCGACAGCGAAGACAGCGAACCAGACGGCCCUGAUGACCUCAUGAUCCCCUCCCCUGAGAUGGAUGAUGUUAAAGUUUUCCAGAUGGAGGUGCUCGGGACUCUGCAGAGAGGUUUAGAGGAGAACAUUGGCUGUGAUAACCUGGUGCUGGAGAUCAACUCACUAAAGUACGCCUACAACAUCAGUCUAAAGGAGGUGAUGCAGAUUCUAACUAACGUGGUGCUGGAGUACCCCUUCCAGCAGCAGGGACCAAACCUCACUCCUGCACAAUACGUAGCCCUGCUUCUGCCGCUGUUGAAGCAAUGGGCACCAGUCUUUAAGAACUAUGUGAAGAGAGCACAGGACCACCUGGACUGUCUGGCUGCCUUUGAGGAGCAUUUUCUAGAGCAGGAGAGUCACUGGGCUGCUAUAGGGAAGGUCCUUAUGAACAUGUACGAGCUGGAGAUCCUGGAGGAGGAGAUGAUACUGCGCUGGUUCUCUCAGGGAGCCACGACGGAUCAAAGCAGGCAGCUGCGCAAGAAUCCGGGGCUUCAGAAAUUCAUCCAAUGGUUGGAGGAGGCUGAAGAAUCUUCAGAAGAUGAAGAAUAACAAGAAUCACUUCCUCACAGUUUAAUUUAUUAACUCUUUAGCAUAAGCUGCUGUGUGACUGAAGGGAAAUAAGGUUUUUGUUGUUUUUGCCCUCUUCUCCAUGCAGCAGCCUUACUAACCAGCAGAAGUGGCUCAGUGCAUUUAAAGCAAACAUCCAUUUUCGAACCCUUGUCCUCUGAAUGUUUCUAA